GCCUGUUUCCGGUAGAUUCAGUGGACGCGGCGGCUGAGGCAGUGAGGAGCCGGCGUCGUCUACUGAGCUUUUCCAGGAGUGAACAGACAUGGCGGCGGCUUUUCGGAAGGCGGCUAAGUCCCGGCAGCGGGAACAUCGAGAGCGAAGCCAGCCCGGCUUUCGAAAACAUCUGGGUCUGCUGGAGAAAAAGAAAGAUUACAAACUUCGUGCAGAUGACUACCGGAAAAAGCAAGAGUACCUCAGAGCUCUCCGGAAGAAAGCUCUUGAAAAGAAUCCAGAUGAAUUCUACUAUAAAAUGACCCGGGUUAAACUCCAGGAUGGAGUUCAUGUUAUUAAGGAGACUAAGGAAGAAGUAACUCCAGAACAGCUGAAACUGAUGAGAACUCAGGAUGUCAAAUACAUAGAAAUGAAGAGGCUUGCAGAAGCUAAGAAAAUUGAAAGACUAAAAUCAGAGCUCCAUCUGCUGGAUUUCCAGGGGAAGCAACAGAAUAAGCACGUGUUCUUUUUUGACACCAAAAAGGAAGUUGAACAGUUUGAUAUCGCAACUCACCUACGAACAGCCCCAGAACUAGUUGACAGAGUCUUUAAUAGGCCCACGAUAGACACCCUGCAGAAGGAGAAAGUGAAAGGAGUGAACCAUCAGACUCGACUUAAGCGGAUAGCUAAAGAAAGGCAGAAGCAGUAUGACUGCCUGGCACAGCGGAUUGAACGCGAGAAGAAAUUGUUCAUUGUUGCCCAGAAAAUUCAGACACGCAAAGAUCUCAUGGAUAAAACUCGAAAGGUAAAGGUGAAGAAAGAAACAGUGAACUCCCCAGCUAUUUACAAGUUUGAGAGUCGUCGAAAACGUUGACGUGUUGUAGAUAUGCCUUGUCAUUCCGCAUGGAGCUGAGUUAAUGGUUUCUUUUUUCCCCCAGUAACUUCAAAUUCAGUUGGUCUAAAUGAUUUGGUUUUCCUGUUUGUAACUGUAAUUUAUUAUAGAUCUGACAUUUGCUACGAGCUAUGUUAAAGCCCCUUCCCCUGUCUAAAUUGUUCGUGGGUUGUUGAAAUCAGUCUUGUUUUCAUGUAUUUUUAUUUUAUUUAUGAAAGUUAUAUAAUCUCAUCACGGCAAAUUUGGAAAAUAAAUGAGUUCAUCCCAAAUCCCAAUACUUGUUCAAGAGCAGCAAAUAAUUGUUGUAUACUUACAGUGAUGGGGGUAGGGAGACGGUGGUGAGCAACUACCAAGAGCAUUCUGGCUUGUUUCCUCCGUUUUGUAAAGGUUUGUGCAGGUUUCCAUUGGUUUCUGUGUCUUGUAGUUGUAAUUAUAGUAAACAUUUUUAUGGCCUGCUUUUUACACUUACUAUUACAUUGUUAGCUCUUUUUUAUUACAUCACUAAAUUUUUAAAAAGUAAUAUAUGCUUAUCAUAAAAAUUAAAAUAAAUAUUUUUAAUGUUUGCAUAAUGUUUUGUCCAGUGGAUGGACUGAUUUUACUCUCAUUCAUUUGUCAUUUACUGGGCAUUCAGGUGACUUCAUAAGUUAGCGAAGGAGGAAAUUUUUUUCCUUUACGCUUGACUGCAGGUAGAAAUCCUUGGGGUUAGGAACAUACAGGGCACCUCUUCUUUACCGACGAGUCUCCCAUCAGAACAGACCUGGCUCUCUGUUCUUGCCCUCCUGGCCAGCUCGUGAUUCCAAGGCUAUCGGUGGCUUUUUACAGGCCUUCACCCUGGAGAUACAGACCCUAGGAUGUGUGUGGCAGACACACAGACUUCCCGAGCCUCACCCUUCCUUUCCCUGCCCAUAUAGGGAUGGUAGGCUGAGGCCGGUCAGGACAGGACUGAGCAUGCUUAGAGUAAAUGUGGGAGAAACAGGAUUCUGGGAGGUUUGCUUAUACCUCACCCCCUGGAGGGGCAACAGUUCUGUGUAGAUUUUAAAGAUUAAAAAAAAAAUUGUUAAAACCUA